AUGUUCCUCUGGAUAACCGUAAGAUCGUGUAGGAUUCGACGGAUCGUAAAACGGAGUCCCGGAUACUCCGGAAAUGCCAACCCUAGGGUGAGGGUUUCAGUAACCGUCCAAUUGUGCGAUCGUGAACAAUCCGACCGUACUCCGACCCAGCAUACGCAGCAGGCGGGACCCUCUAAGGGUCAAGCUGUGUGGGACUACUUCUAUGUUUACAUGCGGCUAUGCAUGGGAUACUUGGUGGUUAAGGUUAAUAUGAACCAUGGAAAGGGCAUCCUUGAGGGGAUGUUGCUGUGGACCCUGGAUUUGGGGUAG